ACUAUGCAAUGUGAAACGUAGAGGAAAGUGAAAGGACUUGAUUAUUAGUGUUCUGCUGGAAAUAAUUCAUAUUAACAGCCACACAGGCACCAAGUGCUAUUUUCAGGAUUAUUUUAUGUAAAGGCUCGCACUUUUUACUCUACCAUCCUGGAAACAAGACAAGAGUGCCAGUAAAAGCAUAAAUGUCAGGAAUAUUUUUGUACCAGACAUUGGUAGAAAAAUAUAAUUUUAGAGCUUUCCAGCAGCCCAGCUUGGAAAAACUGACUUGAAGUGGUAAGUCAGAAGUCUCACAUAACUUGCUAACUCUUUCAUGUUGUUUUACAUCAUUUUUGGAGGCAAGACAAUCACAGAGGAGCAGAAAAAGAAGGUAGAAGCUUGGACAUGAGCUGAGUGUCAUGAUGCGAUGAUGACUCCAACUUCCAGCUCCAGGACCACGUGCAUAAAGUAGAAGCUUCCUGUCUCGAUGAAUGGUGCGGCGCUUUGGACCAAUGGGAGGGCAGUGGUGAGGAUGCAACAGUGAUCCAGGAAAAAACACCCCAUUGUUCCUGAGACGUUGAAGAAGUGUGACCUCCCUCCAGCCGGCACUGACUGCUCGGCCUUAACUGCACACUGACCGGACCCAAUAUCCCAUUGACAGUUAAGUAUGAGUGGGGGAGUCAAUGUGAAGUCAGCCCCCCGGGCUCCUCCCUCAUCAGGAAUCCCCCUGCCACACAACCUGUUGCCCUCCUCCCCCAAAACAGACACCCGCCGUCGGGCUAGUGACCUACCCAGACCCUCAAUGCAGACCCCUAAACACACACCCACACACACACCCACGCAAUCUCCUCUACUUUGCCCACGGAGCACCAGCAUCCCCGGGCCUUCCUCCAAAGACUCAACAAGAGACCCCAGCUUGAAAAAUCUGCUCUUCAAGGGGACAGGAGCUCUACAUUCCCCCCAGGUCUCACGCUCUGCCUACAGCAGCCCGUUAACCCAGCGUAGGGUGCCAUCGCCGCACUCCAAAGACACACUGGAUCUGGGGAAAUCCGCCCGGCCUCAUGUCCCCACACAGUUUCCACAUGACGGCAAUCGCAACAAAACCACCUUGACAAAUAAGAACCAAACAUGGGGAAGCAGCAACCUGCGUCCACCGCUCCAGUUCAGAAGAGGAGACAACUCCAACACUGUAUCCCCGGCAACAAGUGAGGCAAUGCAACAAAGAGAGGAACAGCAUCCAGAAAACCAGCCAAGCCAGUCCACCACGUUGAACAACAGUAACCUCCGGCCCUCUCUUGCUCAUAUGAGCUAUCAACACGCCAUCAAAGGUCGAAGUGGCUCCACCAGUCAAUCAGACGAAGAGAUGGGGACUCCUGAGGACAGCAGUCCAGCCUCCUCACCAGGUCCCCUGUCGCUUCCACCGAUCACAUUCACCAUGCCAGUAAUGUCAAAGGUGGCUGUCGAUAUGCAGGAUCACAGCCUAGAUAAGGAGGCUAUGCCCACAGAGACACACACACCCAGAGUCAACAUGGCUACUGUGGCUCCCUUCAGCUACAGGGUGCGAGUGCAGGAGUGCGAUUUUUCACUGGAUGAACUGAGUGACUGCUCAUCUGGAUCCAUAGAAGUCUGUUGCGAUGACCUAACACCAGGGGGGAUGUUGGAGGCUAAUGUGGCUAACAUUAGCAUGACGGCUAAGCCCAGAGAGCUGGACCUAAGGUCUGCUGCUGUCUCCUGCCAGGAAACUUCAGCCCAGGCCAUGGCUUCUAAGAAGCCCUCGGCCAAGCCCUCCGCUCUGCCCCAGGGACCUCCACGUCCCUCUGGGUCAGAGCUCAAGGUCUACCGGCCCACAUCUGGAUCUAUUCCUAUCCCAGUUCCCAAUCCAUCCAGGCUCCGCAAGCAGAGAUCGCUUAGCAACUUGUAUGUGCUCACUGAUGCCGAAAAGAAGCUGCACCUUUACCAAUCACCCCGCUGGAAUGAUGAUACGAGCCGGCCCGGCAGUGGUACCAAUAAGCCGGGCCAGACUAAGACAGUUCAGGCUGGAGGUGGGAAACCACCACUUUCCAGGACCCUUUCAAAGUCAGAACAGUCUCUUUUCCAGGGCAAACCCAAAUCUUUCUGCUCUCCAUCUGUGACUUCUAACGUGAGCAAGCAGAGUCGAAUCCCUGCCCCUGGUAAACCGCGGGGACCUUAUGCUGAGGUCAAGCCCAUCAGCAAGGCCCCUGAGGCAGGGCAGAGUGCAGAUACAGACCCUGAAGACCACCCAACUAAGGCUAACUCCAAUGGAGCUGGGCAUACUGGAACUAAUGGCAAGAAACCACGGGAGAAAGGGAGAUCUGCAGCUCCGUCAACAGAGGAGAAGAAAGAAAGGAAGGGAAUAGAGGAAGAAGAUGAUAAGGGCUUUCUGAAGGUGGACCCAGAGUUAGUAGUGACGGUUCUGGGAGACCUGGAGCAGCUGCUCUUCAGCCAAAUGCUUGACCCAGAGUCCCAGAGGAAGAGGACUGUGCAAAAUGUUCUGGACCUUCGACAGAACCUGGAGGAAACCAUGACCAGCCUGAGAGGGGUGCAGCUCAGCCACAGCUGUGUGGAGGGGACCAUGUGCUACGACAGCGACGAAGCUGCUGCAUUCUCAAUUUCCAGUCUGUCAAAUCGCUCCUCUCCGUUGUCGUGGCGCCAGGGUCAAGCCAGCCCGCGCCUGCAGGCUGGUGAAGCUCCUUCCACAGGCAACACACAGUCAGAAGUUCCCCUCCGGAUCAACCACACCUCUCGAAUCCACCUCAUCGAAGCACUUGAAGAUUCGGAUCCGUCCCUCCUGAAGGGAGAUUACCUCAGCAACAGUGACAUCAGUGGGAAGAGCCCAAACGAGGAUGAUGAUGAAGAUGAUGAUGAUGAUGAUAUCGAUGAUCUGGGAAAUGGUUGGGAUGAGAGCAGCUCCAUCAGCAGCGGUCUGAGUGACGGCUCAGACAACCUCAGCUCUGAAGAGUUCAACACGAGUCCCACUCUCAACUCCCUUCCUACCACUCCCAUUGGCUCCCGCAGAAACUCAGCCAUAGUGAUGCGUACGGAUGCAGAGAAGAGAUCGCUGGUGGAGAGUGGUCUGUCCUGGGAUAGUGACGAUAGCAAACCCAGCCGCAAGAGCCAGGGCAGCGGCGUCUACGAUACAGGAAGUCUCAAGUCCGAAUCAGCCAAUAAAUGGAAAAAGACACGGACGCAGGGGGAGGGGCUGGAAGGAGGGAAAGGCGAACUGAAGAAACCUCAGACCCUGGGUCAGGGACAUAUGUUGAAGAAAAUAAGAAACCCACCUGUCGGAGUCACCUCUCCAAUCACACACACCUCUCAGAGUGGGCUGAAAGUGGCAGGCACAGUAAAGUCAGACGGGAAGCCGAUGGAUAAGUCUCGGUUAGCAGUGAAGACCUCUGGCCUUCAGCGCUCCUCUUCUGAUGCCGGUAAAGACCACAGAAACGGCACCAGUGCUGGUGAGCAACGGAAACCUCCGUCUGGCCUGGUCAGGCCCUCAACUGGCGGAAACUUCGGCUUCAAGAAGCCCACCACAGUUACCAGUAAUGGCACAAACAACGCCAGCACAGGUGGCAGCGGCAUACCCUGCGGCUCUGCAACUGUUGGGAAGAUUCCCAAAACAUCGGGUAUUCCUGUCAAACCAGGAGCUGGUGGUGGUGGUGGAGGUCGUAAGACAAGUCUAGAUGUUUCGAAUAGCGACCAGAGUGGUUUUCUAUCUGCCAAUGCCAGGACGUCUCUCCAGUACCGCUCUCUGCCUCGCCCUGCAAAGACGAGCACACUGACUCUAACCCGGCCGAGCUCAGCUCGCCCAGUGAGCACUACCAUGGACACAGGCUCAGGGCUCAUGAAACCUUCCACCACAGCGCCCCAGGGCUCGAGGCUCAAAGAGCCCGCCUCAGGGCUUGGGUCUGGAACUGGGCUGAGUAAGGCAGGGAGUCGUGGGAUCCCGAGUCCCAGCCCUGUCAAUCAGACAGACAGAGAGAAAGAGAAGGAGAGGGCCAAAGCUAAAGCUGUAGUAUCUGACUCUGAGUGUGGAGGUGGGUCUCUGAAGGGCAGUCCUGUUCAGACCCCCUCAGAAAACGGAGGGAAGCUGCAAGGGCUGAGACCUCCCAGCUGUGGCAAGGUCAUGGAUCUGCCCUCGCCUAGCACACACAGGUUAUCUGGGGUGCGCAGCUUGGCAAAACCUCCAUCCAUGGCCCAGCUUGAUAAGCUGAACUCCAACAGCCUAGAGGUGGGAGUUCAUGACUCUCUGCCACCUAAGAUCCCUCCCUACUCUAAGCUCCAGGACCUGGCCAGCUCAGGAGUCAGCUCCACCGGCCCCUGCCUGACCCCCAGCCCUGCCCCAGUACUCAAUGUGAACUCUUCGGCUUGCUUCUCAAGCUCGGGGACUGGGUUGGGACCCAGACAGGUCUCAUCACUCGGGGUUGAGGGUAGUGGAGGAAACACCUCUCCUCUGAUCUACCCCCGUCUGUCUGGGUUGCAUCGCAGCAUGGAGUCACUACAACUGCAGAUGAGUCUGGCCCCAGAGCCCCAGGAGAGAGAGCGGGAGAAUUUGGAGAGAGGCUACACCACCAUCGAAACACGAGAUAAAGAUAGACAAGAAGACAGAGGCCCUCCUGCCAGCUGGAGCUCUGGAAGUAGAGUGUCUUUGUCUCUCAUAGAAAGUUCUCAGAGAGACAGAAACACGCUGCCAAAGAAAGGUUUAAGUUUCAGUGGAGCCUCCCAGGUUGAGGAGGAAGGGAAGGAGAAAGGAGAGAGGAGACACUCUCAUACUAUUAUGAGUAUGACCGACUCGCUCACUCUUCCACUGCUGUCCUCACCCACCUCCCUGCCUCGCACCUCAAAGACAAGUAUGGUACCCAGCCCUGUUGGUGGACCUCCGAGGAUGACUCGAUCCAACAGUAUCCCAACACACGAUCCCUCUCUGGAACUGUACGGAGCUUCUCCACUGGGCAGCACGCUGUCGCUGGCUGAACGCCCCCGCAGCAUGGGAAUGGUUCGCUCUGGAUCCUUUAGGGACAAAGAGCCUGACGAGGUUCAUGGGUCUGUACUCUCACUCGCAUCCAAUGCCUCAUCAAGUUACUCUUCGGUGAGUGUGGGCGGCAUGCAGACUCAGGCUGAGGAAAGGAUUCAGGGAGAGCAAAUCCGUAAGCUGAGGAGGGAGCUGGAAUCAUCCCAGGAGAAGGUGUCUAACCUGACGACACAGCUGACAGCAAACGCAAAUCUGGUGGCCGCCUUUGAGCAAAGUCUGGCACUGAUGACAACUCGGCUGCAGAGUCUGUCAGUAAGCCACGAACAGAAGGACACAGAGCUGAUGGACCUGAGGGAGACCAUCGAAGCACUAAGGGCCAAGAAUGAAGAAGCCCAUGCUGUCAUACACGGGGCCUUAAACAAUCCAGAUAACAUGAAAGACAUGCAAAUCCGACGCCAGAAUUCAUGUGAGAGCAUCUCCAGCCUCAAUAGCCUGACCAGUAUGUCGAGUCUGGGCAGCUUGAAAGACCAAGAUGCUAAGAAGAAGAAGAAAAAGAGCUGGGUCUUUGAGCUGAGGAGCUCCUUCAACAAGGCAUUCAGCAUUAAAAAAGGCUCCAAAACAUACUCAGACAUUGAGGAAAUCGCCACGCCUGACUCCUCAGCUCCCAACUCCCCAAAGAUGCUUCAUGAGGGCAUGGAAGGAGGAGAAAACCAGCCCUCAUGCCUCCAAACCUCAGCCUCUGCCACCUCCUCUGUGAUCAUGGAGACUACAGAAGAGGGAGACAAUGAGGAAACGGCGGUAUCAGACCUACGCUCAGAACUCUGGGUGAAAGAGAGAGAACUGACAGACAUCCGCUUGGAGGCCUUAAGCUCCGCACAUCAGCUGGAGCAGCUCAGAGAAGCCAUGAACAGCAUGCAGUCAACGGUGGAGAACCUGAAGGCGGAGAAUGACCAUUUGAAAACAGGAAGUCAGCCCUGUCUUCCUGGCUCUGGUCCCACGUCUUCCACUUCCCAGCCUUCAGGCCUGGCCUCUCUCCUGGGGCCCUCAUUGAGGCAGCCGAUGAGUAUGUCCCUCACGAAGUCCUUCAGUCUCAGUCUGAAUGACUGUAAAGAUCCAGACGUGCCUCCAGUUGACAUGUUAAGUGUGUCUUCCCAGCUGGAUGAGGUGUGUGCACGAUUGUUGGUCCGCAUUGGAGAUCAAGUAGAGGGCAGUAAGCAGCAGCAGGACUAUUACCUGGGCUCAGUGCUGGUCAGUGCAAGAACCAACUGGGCCUGUCUCGACUCUCUUAUAGCUAAAACCUUCAAGGACUACUUAGCUCAAGUGGACCCGACAGCCAGCCUGGGUCUGUCCUGUGAUUCGCUGCACAUGUACCAGCUGACCCAGGGAGGACAGAGGGUGAUAGGAGGGGACAAACCUCAAGCCUCACCUUAUCACUGUGUUGGCAGUGGAUCAGCUCAAAUAUUUGUCACAUUGAAAGGUCUCAGAGAAAAAAGUGUCGACUCACUGGUGUUUGAGACAAUGAUCCCUAAGCCGAUGAUGCAGCAUUACAUCAGCUUGCUGCUAAAGCACAGACGUCUGGUUCUGUCUGGGCCCAGUGGGACGGGAAAGACUUAUCUGGCUCAGCGUCUCGCCCACUACCUCUUGCAGCGCAGCCGGACUGACUCAUCCGAGGCUGACCGUGAGACGUGCGUCCUGGGACGCAGUGCAGCCAUCACCUUCAACAUGCAUCGCCAGUCACAGAAGGAGUUGCAGUUAUAUCUUUCCGAUCUAGCAAACCAGAUUGACAGAGAGAGUGGAGGAGAACUGCCACUGGUUGUUAUUAUAGAUGACAUUAGUGACUCAGCAGCCAUCACUGAGCUUGUUAACGGAGCACUCACCUGCAAGUAUCACAAAUGCCCCUACAUCAUUGGAACAACCAAUCAGCCUGUGAAGAUGUCAUCCAAUCACGGACUGCAUCUUAGCUUCAGAAUGGUGAUGUUCUCCAACAAUGUGGAACCAGCUAACGGGUUCCUGUUGAGGUACCUGCACCGUAAAGCUGUGGAAGCCUACCAGGGGAAAGAGCAGGACUCAGCCCGCCACCAGGCUCUCCUUCAGGUACUGGACUGGGUACCUCAGCUCUGGUACCACCUCCACGCUUUCCUCGAGAAACACAGCACUUCAGACUUCCUCAUAGGUCCCUGCUUCUUCCUGUCAUGCCCAGUAUCUGUGGAAGAGUUCAGGCAGUGGUUCAUUGACCUGUGGAACCACUCCAUCAUACCAUACCUGCAGGAGGGAGCCAAAGACGGCAUCAAGGUGCAUGGGCACAAGGCAGUAUGGGAGGAUCCAGUGGAAUGGGUGAGAGGAACUCUCCCUUGGCCCAAUGCACAGCAGGACCAGUCCAGGCUCUUUCACCUACCUCCCCCCAGCAUAGGUCCACCCAGUGAGGAGAAGAAGCCCCCCAAAGAUACACCUCCACCCAGCACACUGGAGUCAGACCCACUGAUGGCCAUGCUGCUGAAGCUUCAGGAGUCGGCCAACUACAUCGAGUCUCCAGAGCGUGAGGGCUGUCUGGAUCCAACUCUGCAGGCUACGCUUUGAGGAUAACAUGAGAUUGUCAGUCAAGCUAUGGAACUAUGGACUCUCUAUUAGGGCUGACACGGCGAGUGCAGUCCCAAUGAGACUUUAAAGACAAUAUUAUCUUUAUUGUGUGCUCAGUGAGCAGCUAAAAAGCUAAAUGUAAAGGAUCUACAGAGAUAGAGUGAUUAUGGACGAAGGGUUUGCUCUGCCCUGCUAUCAGAACUUUGAAAAGACUAUUAAACUGCUUUCAUAGGAAAUUGUGAUGAUCGUGUCAGGGAAAGACACCGACUUGUCUCUUCUCUGCCCUUAAUUUGUUCCCAAUGGGUUGUUGUUGAAUCUGCAAGUGCAUGGUAACCGGAAUAGUAUGAUGCAAAAUAUUACCUAUAAUCUUAUUGAUCAAGACCCAUUCUUUUGUUUUUGAUUUUUUAACUGCCACAACUUUCUCCACGACUAUUGGUGCUUAAUGUACUGGGGUAUGUUUUUGAGGGUGCAUGUUUCAUUUCACAAAGAAAUUCAGAAGUAACUCUGAUUUCCUCAAAAGUAGGAUCGUCACUCGACAACAGCCAAAAAUGCACUUUAUUUUCUACUUGUGGUAAUUGGAUUUUAGGAGGCUGUGUGUAUCAAAGGCGUUGGGAUCAGUUUGGCCAAAUCAUGCAGUUCGUCAGUAAUUCCACUAGAUGGCAGUAUCUACCUUUUCUUGCCUCUCCUGGUGAGCUUUCCGACUUAUCAAAGGUGCUCAGUAUAGAAUAUAACACACUAUUAAAAAGGCCUUGAAUGUUUUUGCUUUUCAGUUCAGCUAUUGCGUCAUCCAUGGAUUGAAUAUCAGAAGCAGUGAAGCUAUAAGAGUAACAUGCAUGGGUGAAAGAUGGUUUUAGGGUCAGAACAGCGGCAUCGUCAAACGACUAAGAAACCACUGGUUUCCUCCAGUAAUAUCCUGAUAUCAUGACCACAGAAACAGACACUGCUCAACAUACUGUAUUAUAAACAGAAAAAAACCUGCUUGUUUAUCUAGUCUGCCCAAACGGCCUACCAUUUCUGGCUCUGCUUGCAUAUAUCCUGUAUUUAGAUAUCAGUUUUAAACACACGAAAUUCUCUUGUGAUAGACGAGGAUACAGCUUUGAAAAUCUUGAUUUUGUAGGAUUUUAUACUGAGUCAUCUUCAACCAUCAUCUGUACACAGCAACCACCACCUAUGUAUCUUUAACAUGCCAUAUCAGACUGUGGGGCGAGCUGACCUACCUAUCUCAUUUACUCACAGGAAGGGAAGAGGAGAACAUCAGUAAAAUAAACUGCCAUCAAGUGAUACGUAUCUGUGCAACAAAAAAAAACAAAAAAACAUUUCCUUCCUCAUUACAUUUGCUCUUUAUAUCUUUGAUAACAUACUGUACCUUUUGUCAAACUGUAAAAAUCAGUCCUUCUCACAUUUAGAGUAAGGGCUGUGAGUAAGAAUGAUUGAAACUCAUUUAUAAGUGGCUUCCUCCUGUUGCUUUCCUUCAUUUGUUUGCACAUAAUAUAUGUUAGAGUACUAGAUUACAGAAAGUAUUUAUUGCUCACAUCUUGACUGUUCUUGUGAUGAAGGACAAAAGCGUAAAGAGACAUGUAAUCGGAGGAAACUGUCAGUAGUAGAGAUAUUCUUAAACCUCUCAGCCAUGUGCCCCUUGACCCUGAAGUACCUCAGACUGCCGUAUUCUGUCCAGAUGUUCCUCUACUUCCCAAAACAGGGUGCUGGUGUGAAGUAGAGACAUGAUGCCUAAGUCUAUCUGUGCCUGAAACACAAUUUGGCCUAAAGCUGCCUUCGAGCUGCUUUAAUUUUACUACACGGAGGCCUCAAUUUAGAGGAAAAGUCAUCAGUUCCUCUCACCUACUCUGAUGUCACUUUAAUGUCAUCACCUUGAUGCCCAGAUUCAGGUGGAUAGUUUUGGCUGGUGGUCACGGUGAUAAACUGAUAGUUUAGACAAUGUGGGUGUCAGCUAACUCAGCAAUCAAUACGAAUGUUUAUCAUGACUGGGCUUAAACUUGCUUGUGAAAGACUUGACAUCUUUGAGGAGUUGCCUGAGAGUUGGGAGCAGUGUAAGAACAGAUACUAGCCUGGAGAUGUAAUGUUGAUCCCUGGUGUGUGUUUCCCCAAAGUUUUGUUUCAUUGGACCUACCACGCUUAACCUUAUCAUGGGAGGGAUUUUUAAUAACUGGAUAUCUUCCUCUUUUCAUGUUGUUUUUAAGAGCAGACAUUUGUUUUUUCUUAUGCAAAUAUUUGUAAAGGUUUCUUUCUCUUUUGUACAUGACAUCACUAUUGUAAACACUGUAAAUAAUCAGUGCAUCUGCGACAACAAUCACUUAAAUGUGUAAAGAUCUAAGAGAAGGCAUGGCCCUGUAUGCAGAAAACUGACGUCCUUGGUGGUUUUAUUGUCUUCCUCAAGUAGGAAGGAGCACUUGGCUUAAAAGAGGGCCUAAUAAUGGUUGUAUGGUAUGUCUCUAUAACCACAUCAAAUCCCAUAUGUCUAACAUUGAGCAAUGGACACAAUAAAGUCAUGCCAUUCUUCACAUCA